AUGUUAUUGUUAUGGUUAGGAUGAUACAUCACAAAUAGUUAUAAUUGAGCGCAAUGACUCUUAAUAAUAGUGAAAUUGUUGUCAAAAAUUACAGGAUAAGUUCACUGGUGUAUCUGUGAAAAGCGCAGUUGUAAAUAAUGCAGGAUUCCAGCAAGAAUACUCCAAAAUCGGAACGCGUUCGAAGAGUCCACAAAGCAGGCAUGUCAGAUAUGACAAAGAAGACUCUAUCAGAUACUCUGUUACCCAACAUCCGUACGAUAACAUCCAGAAAUGAACCAAGAUCUAACAGACGAACGAUGAUGUCAAAUGAUAUACAAACACUAAAACUGAAAAAAGGUAUUACUGCAAGCAGGCAAUCAAUUAUGCCAUCACAGUCUUUAUUAGAUAUACAAAAAAGUACAGAUACAGAGAGUAAGGAUUUAGAACUCUCACUGUUAUACGAUGAAUACUUGCGAUCUAUGUUGACAAAUCUCAUAAUAGAAAAGAAGACUGAGGAAAAGAAGCAUUAUAUGAUAACUCAAUUAGCUACUAUAACACAAGAGAUUGACCAAGACAUGAAGAAGCUGAUAAAAAUUAAGACAAGGGAACAGGAUAUAAAAAACUUGAGCUUAGAGCAAACAGAGACAGAUGUACAACUGGCUGCGAUAAUAAAAUGCACCAAAAACGAAAUGUUUAACAUGUUAAAAGAUAAGCUGUCCAAGUUGCAGUCUCUUCUAGAACCUUUAGAUAUAUUGUGUUGUAAUAAUAUAAUCCUACCUGAUUCGCCACUACAGUGGAAGGAGAUUGAGGAAGUAUUAAAAAAGUGUUCGAAAAUCUUGGAGGACAUCAUAAACCUAAUUGGAUCCAAGGGCAACACGUAUUGUACUGUUAAUAAUGAACUGAAGAACUUCUCAGAGACGUAUAACGAAAUAGAAGAUAUUCAAAAGAAAUUACUAGAAGCCUUGUGUAAUUUACAAGUACGGAUGCUAAAAAAUGCUUCAUUAAUAAUGCAGAGUGAAAGUCAACAAAUACUUCCAUAAAAUUGCUGAAUAUUGUUAAAAUUCCUCAAAAACUCGUUAAACUUAAAAUAAACUAUUUUAUACUUUUGCAUAUAAAUAACGUUAUAAAUCAAUUAUUUGUAAUAAAUAUGGCCCUGACCAGGAAUUAUACCUGGAAACU